AUCAUGUUGGAGUAAAGAGUAAAGAAAACCUUAAGGGAGUGUUAAAAUAAUGUCAUUAUUAGUAAACCAAAAACUAACAUUCGUUUUUUUUGUUAAGAAAACGUUGAGAUAACGUUCUGAGAAUGUUUGGAAAACGUUUCUGUCUAAAAACAAACAAGUAAAAAUAACGUAAAAAAUCUGGUAGCUUGGAUAAUUAGGGAAAUUGCAUAAAUGAUGUGAAUUGUGAUGUGAAUUAACUUUUAAUUGUGUAUUAAAUAAGAUCAUCAUAUCUUCGCCGGUAUAAUAAUGUUGAAACCGACUUUAAUUUUGACAAGGCGCGCCCCGUGCGCGUGCUGAGCCGGAAGUGGCCGUGUCUCCUGGGCUGACGGAGCAGGCGCUCUUCUUCAUUCGUCUCGGAAACAGAAAUGCAGACAGACGUCCCGAUCGAUCAUCAUCUUCAUCUUCUUCAUCACUGAUUAACGACAGACGUCAGUCAUGGGGAGCGAGCCGGUGAGCGUGGUCUUCAAGCUCUACUGCCUGACCGUGAUGACCCUGAUCGCCGCCGCCUACACCGUGGCUCUCCGCUUCACCAGAACCGUGUCCACGGACCUGUACUUCUCCACCACCGCCGUGUUCCUCACCGAGCUCAUCAAACUCCUGCUCAGCCUGGGGAUGCUGCUCAGGGAGAGCGGAGGCUGGGGUCGCUGCAGGUCUGUGGUGGUCAGUCAGAUUGUCAGGAGUCCGGUGGAGCUGCUGAAGCUGAGCGUGCCGUCGGUGGUGUACGCUGUCCAGAACAACAUGGCCUUCGUGGCUCUGAGUAAUCUGGACGCUGCGGUCUAUCAGGUGACGUAUCAGCUGAAGAUCCCCUGCACGGCUCUGUGUACGGUGCUGAUGCUGAGCCGCUCUCUGAGUCGUCUGCAGUGGUUCUCGGUCUUCAUGUUGUGUGGAGGGGUCACUCUGGUGCAGUGGACCCCGCCGCAGGCCACCAAAGUCCAGGUGGAGCAGAACCCGGUCCUGGGCUUCGUGGCGAUCGCGGUGGCGGUGCUCUGCUCGGGCUUCGCAGGUGUGUACUUCGAGAAGGUCCUGAAGAGUUCGGACACGUCUCUGUGGGUCCGAAACAUCCAGAUGUACCUGUCGGGAAUCGUGGUGACCCUGGUAGGGGUCUUCGUGACGGACGGGGCCCAGGUCCUGGAGAAGGGCUUCUUCUACGGAUACACGCCGUGGGUCUGUGUGGUGAUCUUCCUGGCCAGCGUGGGAGGAAUGUACACGUCUGUGGUGGUCAAAUACACCGAUAACAUCAUGAAGGGCUUCUCCGCGGCCGCUGCCAUCGUCCUGUCCACCGUGGCGUCCGUCCUUCUCUUCGGCCUGCAGAUCACGGUGACGUUCCUCAGCGGGGCUCUGCUGGUGUGUGUGUCCAUCUACCUGUACGGUCUUCCCAAACAAGACACCAGCCGCGUGCUGAAGCCCAGCACUGACACCGAGGACACACAGAAGCUCAUCUCCGUCUGACACACACACACACACACACCUGUGACGGUGGAGGACGGGGACGCUGGUGGUUUAUUUCUCUCUAUAAUUUGAUUUCUAGGUCUUGACUCAGACGCGCUGCUGAAAGACACGAACACUGAUGCCAAACCCUACAAUGAAUGUACUUGUGCUCCUCAGACAGGCCUUUUGUUUAGAUUGACGAUCUUAUGUGUUGAAGUGUGACUGAAGGUUAGGAUCCUGAUGGGAUCGGAUGGCAGGAAAGACCUCGUCUGUAACGCUCUGAAACACGGACAGACCUCGGUGGCUCUGUUUACAUGCAUCAGUCCCAGUCCUCUUCAGAUACGCCACGCUAAACUUUAUAUAAUGUGUUUACAGAGAAAGAUGUCACUGGAGCUGCUGGCCUAUUAUAAGUGUUGAACACUUGAAGGAUUAGUUCACCACAAGAUCAAGAUUCAGUUGUUCCAGACUUUGUUCAUCUUCAGAACACCAACGAAGACGAAUGAAGCGUUCUGACCCUCCAUAGACAGCAGCACAGCUGAGAUGAUCCAGAAACGGAGUAAUACAUCGCUUAAAGGUCAUCAUUUUGUCACGCUACAAGAAUGCUGCACAAAAACCAAAGUAAUUUACUCAACCAUUCCUCCCCCCAAAAAGCCCUUGCUAUGUGUCCUGAAGAUGAAGGUGUCGUGGGUUUGGAACGACGUGAGUAUCAUGAGUGAACUAAUCCUUUGAGAAUAUAUGGACAAAACAUGAUUCAUGUCAUCCAUGGGUGAUGGGGUAACAAGUAAUCAGAUUACUUUUUAAAGUAAUUAGUAAUGUAAUGCAUUACUUUUAAAGUUACAGCAAAAUAUGCUCUUUUCUUUCUUUUCACUCUUUUGAUAGAGAUUGGGAGGAAAUGCAGAGGCUUUUCCUUCAGUGAGUCUUUACAGCUGCUGAAAAUAUAACUUCAGUUUUUUUUUUAAAUUAAUAACAAAAGAGUUACAUUGCUUUCCAUAAAAAGCACCUAAUGAGAAAUACUCUGCUUUUAGCCCGUUUUGAUCGCUCAGCUUGUAAUGUCUCUGGUGAACCGAUGCACAUGAAGCAUGUAAACACAGCCUCUGUCUGGGGUUUGUUUCGGCGCUGGCCUGGGAAUGAAGGUCCAAGCCUCCCUGAAGACAGACGGCACACUCGUUCAGAGAAACACGCACAAAGAAAGAGGACUUUUAUUUAGAGAUCAACAAACAGAAAUUCACAUGCUCUCCACCGGCGUGAUGCCCAGUAUCCUCAUGCCGCUGGCCAGGACGGAGCGGGCGGCGCUGAACAGACUCAGUCGGGCCUGAGGACACAGAGAGAGCGUGUGAGGGGUGACCUCAGAGUAAUAAUACUCAGACGUGGAGUGUGUUUACCUGAGCCACGGCCGCUGGGCUUCCCUUCACCGGCAGGUCCCGAAGAGCCGAGGCCACCAGGUGACUGAGAACACACACAUCUACAUCAACACACACAGGAAAACACUCGGCUCGGGCUUCUGCCGCGGCGUUUAGUAACGUGAAGAAUCUUUCUGGAGGUGACAUGUUUAUUCCAGUGCCUGUUCUGUACGGUUCACCCUACUUUGUACGCAUUAUAUUCCUGCAGAGACGGAGUAUUUAUUCACGAUUGCUCUUCUGGAGCAAAUGUUGUCGUUUAUUAAAGCGUACGACCAGGAUCACGUCACAAGACAAAUUAAGCGGGAUUUUUUGGGGGGACAUUUAUCAAAAUUAAUGUUCUUUUUGGUUUGCAAUAAAUCUGUUUGUGGAGACGG